UUCACAAAAGGUCCAACAAGAUUUUUCAUUCUUAAUGUGUUCGGCACUUGGAAUAGUCAGCCGACCCGUAUCAAAAACUCUUGAUUGUUUAACCCCAGAUGGAAUCAAGGAGAAACAUAGAUACCGAUGAUAACAAUGAAUCCAAAGCUUACAAUGUGACCGUCUGCUUGGUAGUUUAGUUGCUUCUCAAUAUUGUCACAGCUUCACCUCUUGCUUUCAUACAAGAAAUGGAACAAAAUAAGUUCUUAUACAAUUCCAUGGACUCAAAGCAUUAUGGCCUGUUCUGUCACUGGACGGUUAUUUAUAUGCUCAGCUCUUGCUGCAGGCCUUGCAAUCUCGCAGUUAUAUAUUCUCCCUUUUCCAAUUCAAACUCAACCAUUAAGUAUGGACCAAACCUUCCAUUUAAUGAAGCUCCUCAUAAUCUCCCUCUUCUUUCUUCCAGUCUCAAUCUCAUCAUCAACACCACAGAAUGAUCACAAACCAUACAUCAUCCAGAUGGAUGUCUCUUCGAAGCCUUCUCCCUUCUCGACUCACGAAGAGUGGUAUACUUCAAUGCUCACAUCACUAUCAGCUGAAUCAGAAUCCCUCGACACCCUUCCUCCUACCCACCUCUAUACAUACAACCAUGCCUUCAAUGGCUUUAGCGCCGUAUUAUCCUCCACCCAACUCCAACGUCUCAAACAAAUUCCAGGCCAUCUUGCAGCGAUACCAGAUUCCUAUGCCAAACUUCACACAACCCACACGCCAAAAUUUCUUGGUCUCAACCGUGGAUCAGGCCUAUGGCCUAGUUCAAAUUUUGGUGAUGGUAUGAUUAUAGGGAUUAUAGACACUGGAAUUUGGCCCGAGAGUGAGAGCUUCAAUGAUAAGGAAAUGCCACCGAUACCCACAAAAUGGAAGGGGAAAUGCGAAAAUGGAACUGACUUUAGUUCUUCCCUCUGCAACCGAAAGCUCAUAGGAGCUCGGUUUUUCAGCAAAGGCCUCAAGAAUCAAGGCCUCAACAUUUCACGGGGCCAAGAUUAUGAAUCCCCUAGGGAUUUCUUAGGUCACGGUACACAUACAUCAUCGACUGCAGCAGGUAGGCCCGUUCAUGGAGCGAGCUAUUUCGGCUAUGCUGAAGGAACCAUGAUGGGGAUUGCACCUAUGGCUCGUGUUGCAAUGUACAAGGCUGUCUUCUAUAACGACAAUUAUGAAGCUGCAUCAAGCGACGUGCUGGCUGCCAUGGAUCAAGCUAUAGAAGAUGGUGUUGACCUAAUUUCACUCUCACUCGGGUUCUUCAAGACUCCUUACUAUGAAGACGUUAUUGCUAUUGGAGCUUUUGCAGCGAUGGAGAAGGGGAUAUUUGUGUCUGUGUCUGCUGGUAACGGUGGUCCUCAUGCUUACACUGUGAUCAAUGGUGCUCCUUGGUUCACAUCGAUCAGUGCAGGGACAAUAGAUCGAGACUACAUUGCCACAGUAACCCUAGGUGACACCAAGAAAAAAAUCCAAGGGCGAUCAAUGUUCCCAGAGAACAUAUUUUUAUCUAACGUAUCACUUUAUUUUGGCCAAGGAAAUGUCAGCAAAGAGUCCUGCAGCUAUCUUUCUCUAAACCAAACCGAAGUGGCAGAAAAGGUUGUGUUCUGCUCAGAAACCGUUAAUGAUAACAUCUACACUCAAAUGAUGGAGAUCGACAGAGUAGGAGCCAAAGCAGCAAUAUUUGCUUCUGAUAUGGGACAAUUCUUAAACCGCAAAGAUUUCUACAGGCCAUAUGUAGCGGUGUCGAUACAAAACGGAGACAUUAUAAAGAAAUAUGUAAGGGGAAGAUCAACGUCAACGGUGGAUAUAACAUUCAUAUUGACUGAACUGGGCACAAAGCCAGCUCCUCAAGUUGCCUACUUCUCAUCCAGAGGACCAAGCAGAAUCACCCCAGGGAUAUUAAAGCCCGAUAUACUAGCUCCUGGAGUCAAUAUCUUGGCCGCUUGGGUUCCAAAUAGAGGAUUUGCACCAGUAGGUGAUAACUAUCUAAUAACAGACUAUGCUCUUGAAUCAGGCACAUCAAUGGCUUCACCUCAUGUGAUUGGUAUCGCAGCGAUGCUGAAAUCAGUGCACCCGAAUUGGAGCAUGGCGGCCAUUAGGUCUGCGAUGAUGACAACCGCAGAUAUAACUGACAAUACCGGCGGUCAAAUUAUAGACGAGACCACAGGGACAGCAGCAACACCUCUUGAUUUUGGUGCAGGGCAUGUAAACCCUUCUAAGGCGAUGGAUCCGGGUUUAGUUUAUGAUAUCGGGUUGGAUGACUACAUGGAUUUUCUCUGUGGGCUUAAUUACACGAGUUCACAAAUGGCAGUUAUUACUAGGAGACCUGGGUAUGUUUGCGCUAAGGCCAAUCUUGAUCUCAAUUACCCUUCUUUCGCCGUUAUCCUCGAAACUAACCGUUCCAGCCAAGUUUUCAAGAGGGUUUUGACAAACGUUGGGGGUUAUCCGACCAGUUAUCAAGCAGUGAUCAGUGCGCCAAAAGGGAUGAAAGUGAGAGCUGAACCUCAGGUGAUCAACUUUGAAGAAAAGGAUAGCAAACAGGAAUUUUGGAUGAAGGUGGAAAUUAACUUAGACGUUGUAGACGAAGGAAAGACAAUAGAGGGAGAUUACAUAGGUAAUUAUGGGUUCCUAAGCUGGAUUGAGAUCGGAGGAAAGCACGUGGUUAGGAGUCCAAUAGUUUCCGCCUUUGCUCCUUAGUGCUCAAAUCAGAGGGCAACAGUCCUUAAUGUAUCUGCAAUGGUCUUAUUCUGUUCUAACAUAAGUUGCUGAGUUUCACUAGAAGGAACUCGACCACCAAAUGGUAAAUGUAUCUUCAUAGUUUUAAUUUAAGUUAAAACACUUGGUGAAGAGAUCCAAGGAUGCAAAACUUCACAAAUCACCCAUGUAUGAUCCAUCACAACG